AUUUUCGAUUCACAUCAUACUUAGAUUCUCAAAAAAAAAAAAUGCCAUUAUUUGAUGAAAAUAGCAAUAAACUUAUUAUACACGGUAUGAAAAAGUGGAAAGGUCGUCAUAAUCGCUUCGUAAAAAUUAGUAAAUUAGUCCCGAAUUAUACACCCAAACAAAUUGCUUCUCACUGGAAGAAUUAUCUUGAUCCUAAUUUAUGCCUUGAUACUCUAGAGUACGAAGAAAAAAAAUUUAUUGCAGAAUGGAUUCGAAAAUAUCGAACUUCAAGUGGAGUCAUCCACUGGAAAUAUGUGGUCAACGAUUUAAAAAUUCGAUUUGGCAAGCGACAUUCCGAAAACAAGGUCAAAAAUUAUUGGAACGCAAGAAUAAAGAGAGAAAAAAAAUUUAAAAAUAAAGGACAAAAAGAGAUAAAAGACGAAAAUAAUGAACAAGAACAAGGAAAAGAAAUGUAUACUGAAGGAAAUGAACGUAAAUUCAUUUUCCAUUUUGUUAGUUCCGAAGACUUUUUACCAAGACGUCCUUCAAAAAUCACUAUUGCAUCCCUUUUAAAUUUCGACAACUUGUGAGUCAACAUAAAUUUUUUGUAUAUAGUUUACUUUUUAUUAUAUGAUGUGUUUUUCUUUGCCUAUUUGUUUAUCGUGCCCUAUUUAUUUAUCGUGGUAUUUAUU